UGUCUCCUCUGGACAGGACGCCAUCGUCCCACCGCUUUCCGUGCCCAAUUCACUAGUUUGACUGGGGACCUCAGAGCAUACUGUGCUAGUAUUCUUUGGAUAUAGUUACCUAUCGUCCUCUCUUGACCUCUCUUGACAUCUUAUAUUCGAAAGCAUCCGACUAUAAUUGAAGAGCAUACUCUCUCUGUCUGUGUCAUUCAAAGCACACCCUGACACGGUGCUUCCCCUACAUUGAGCCCUUAUUGACAACGGGUAUUGCCUGCCUGUAAGCAAUACGGGGCCACUGAAGACUCCAAAGCACCUCUAUAUUUCAUAUCUGCUGCGCCCCAACGUGAAAUCCCAUUAAUACGUCGCUCUAAUAUCUCUGUGUCCUGUCACGGUUCUAAAUAUGGAGACCUUGCGGUUUCAGGCCUGGCCCGAGCAGACAUCUUGUUUCAAGCUGUCUUAUGACGCGGAGACGUGCAGUCAGCUAUCCAAUGUGGAUCUGUCGAUGUCCCAUUCUCCCGAAAAUGAUCAGGACCGUCUGAAUACUAAGAAGAUGGCUAUCCCCCGGCUUCCGGAGGGAGCAGAAGCUGCUUUCAGCUCCCCUGGAAGAUUUCACCGUCGACACGUUCGCCGUGCCUGCGAGUCCUGCAGACAGAGGAAAACAAAAUGUACUGGUGACAAAUCUGGCUGUCGCAAUUGUCGAGAGGCAGGCAUCAUCUGCUGUUAUACAGAUGGCAAGAGAGAGAAAUCCAAGAGACAGCUUGCCAGUCUUUCGGCUAAGGUUCAAGCAUACGAGGACGUCAUCCGCAAAUUGAGCCUUAGCUUUGGCAUCUCAGAUGAACAGCUCAUGAACAGUGCUAUGUCAGCGGAAUCUCCCCAUCGUUUGUCACUUCACCCUGACUUCCACAUGGCCACGUCGAGAGGCAGACAAAACUCAGGGAGCUCCAGUUCCGGAUAUCCACAAUCCCGAUCUUCUUCAGUCGGGUCAUUUGACGAAGUUGACCGUGUUGAGGAAGACUUCAAUCGAGAUCAUACGACGCGUGCCACUGGCUACAUAGGAAAGAGCUCGGAAAUUGCUUGGCUGCAAAAGUUAAGUAGGGAAGUCAGCCACGAAUCAGAAGUUAAACAGGAGAGUCCAUCCCAUGAACGAUACUCACCAGCAGCCAGCUCGAAAGAUGAAGGGUCAAUUGAACCUUCCAUUGCUUCCUCGAGCUAUUAUUUAGAUGAUACGGAGAUCACUAUUCCAGCCCGAGUGGAUCCAUAUGGCAUGCCGUCUCGGGACGUCGCUGCCCGCUUGUUCAAUGCCUACUUGGCUUCGGUUCACCCUUCAUUUCCUAUAAUCGGUAUUUCCACAUUCAUCUCACAGUAUCAGCUCUUCUUCAAUCAACCUUCUGUGAAGCCUGGAAACAAGUGGCUGGCUAUUUUGAAUCUGAUCUUCGCGAUUGCUGCGAAGUAUUCCCACAUUUCCCGUGCUGAUUGGAGAGACAAUGAAGACGAUCAUCAGCUAUAUUUUGCGAGAGCUAGGAUGCUUAGUAUGAAUGAUCAGCUUUUUGAUCAUCCAGAUCUCCAGCAAAUACAGGUUGAAGGUCUAGCGUCAUUUUACCUGCUAGCCAUGGACCAGAUAAACAGAGCCUGGAAGCUUUGUGGAAACGCUGUUCGUGCGGCUGUGGCGCUCGGCCUGCAUCUGAGGAACGUAGGUUCCUCCACAUCCGACACCUCGAAAGAAAUCCGAUACCGUGUCUGGUGGUCCCUUUAUACAAUCGAUCACCUGCUUAGCGUGAUGACCGGUCGACCUACAUGCAUAGUGGACAGCACCUGCACAACCCCACUGCCAGUUCCGUUCGACGAGUGCGAUUUCCAAAAGGAAGAAGUGACUCAACUUAUCGGUAACUCUUCUCGCAGAAAUUCGUAUACUCAUGACAAAAUGUCAGAUUGUUCCAACACGCCAAGUCCGGCGCAGUUGGAAAUUCCCAGCAUGGAGCCGCCCUCUGCGAAGCUUUCAGAAGUCGGCUCUACUGAAUGGUUGAAAGGCCUGGCUCCAAGCAUGUCCCUUUACUUCCUACAGCUCUCGACUCUUACUUCAAUAUCCAAAAGGGUCAAUGCUAAGCUGUACAGUGCUGAGUCUGUCCAAUCGCCCUGGCCCAGCAUUGAAUUUAUGAUUCAAAGCCUCAUGCUGGAGACCGACUCGUGGCUCCUGAACCUCCCAGAGCCAUACGAUUUCACAUCAGUCCAGAUGUCACAGGCUCUUCUGGGUCAGAGAAUGAGCCUGGCAUGUCUUUUCUACAGUACAAAGAUCGCCAUAACUCGACCAUGCCUCUGCCGGUUAGACGCUAGUCGACCGCAUGGUAGCAAGUCCUAUGAUUUCUGCAGCAAGACCGCUGCUGAAUGUGUUGAUUCCGCGUGUCGCCUACUGAGGCUUCUGCCAGACGCGCCAGACUCGGCUCUGCUGUGCAAGAUUGCACCAUGGUGGUGUAUGCUACACUAUAUCAUGCAGGCUACCACGGUUUUGCUGCUCGAAUUGUCGUUUAGGGCACAGCAUGUUCCAGACAAGGCGGCAACUGUCUCGAAGGCAGCAAAGACCGGAAUUGAGUGGCUCCACCACAUGUCGACAUUCAGUGCAGCUGCAUCUCGAGCGUGGAAGCUCUGCGAUGACUAUCUUCGCCGCUUGGCGCCUCACGUUGGUGUCGAGGUCAACGAUCUUCCAUGCAAUGAUGAAGCUGUUAUUAACGACAUGCCGGCCGUAGACUUUUCUUCUGCUAGCUCCAGCUUUGACUCAACUUCCUGUCCGCUUAUGGAUCACGCUUCUCCUCCUGCUCCGAUUUUCCCUUAUUCCUUGGAACAGCCGGACAUGGCGGAUUUUAUCAAGCCUGAAAAAUGUCCCCCCAUUCGCAGCGGAUAUGACGACUACCUGCCAUACGACCCUGCUACAGGUCAUCUGACCGGAUCUUUCUUCCCAUCGUCAACAAACCUCGAUCUCGAACUUGGCUACAUGUGGGGAGAUACAAUGUGCUAAAAGUCGUUGUACUAUUUAAUUCCUAUCGCUUAUCAUCUCUUUGACUUCCUCUCAUCUUCCAUUCUACGGCAUGUAUACAUAUCACCGGCAUCUUUUACCUUCAUUCUAGACAGCUGGCUCUGGCAUUGAUUGCAUUCAACUUUUCACCUACUUC